AUGAGGAGAUUGAACCUUGAGGUUAUUAACCAAGGAGAGGUAGAAGGAUUGCUGAGUGCCUUGACCAUCCAACCAUCGAUAUUUGAGGAGAUUAAAGAAAAGCAAUCGGAAGAUGAGUCUUUUCAGAAGGUUAGGGAUCGAGUGACUAGUGGUGCGGAGACUGAAUUCAAGAUUCAAGAAGAUGGGAGUUUGAGAUACAAGGAGAUAUGGUGCUUUCCACAAAAGUGUGAGGAUAUAAAAUUGAAAAUCAUGGAGGAGUGCCAUAACACACCAUAUUCAGUUCACCCUAGGGGAGAUAAGUUGUAUAAGGACUUAAAGGAGUUGCAUUGGUGGCCGAAUAUGAAGAGAGAAGUUGCUGAGUUUGUAUUCAAGUGUCUAACGUGCCAGAAGGUGAAGAUAGACCAUAAAAGACCCAUGGGAAAGGUGCAACCAUUGGAAAUACUAGGAUGGAAAUGA